AUGAAAACUUUAUAUUUCCAAUUUUUCCUCCUUUUCCUUUAUCCAAUCGAGUCAGCUGGACCGGGAAAAGUGCCUUCAAAACCGUCGAAAUUGUGUGCUGAUGAGAAAUGCACAGUCCCUCUAUUCACCUCAAAAGUCACCAGAGCUUUGCCAAAUUUUCACGAGCAAUUUCUAAAUGGACUCAAAGAAAGCGAUGAGGUUCAAAUUGUCGCUUUCAAGUUCAGCAAUCGACCGGACAUGAUGGAGGCUAUUACAGUUGAUGGACAGCGCGGGUUUAUUCUUGAUGGAAUGAUCCAGCGCUCCCCGUUCGCCGGUUUCCUUAAAAAAGCGAUCGAUGGCCAAUUCGAGUUGAAAGUGAUCAGCCAGGACAAUAAGGAUAUCGGAGAGAAAAGGGUUUUAGGCACCGUGCUCGCGCAUCUCGACCUAAUUCGGGACUACAAUGUGGCGGCGAAACGAGCGGCGGCUGAAUUGGGCGCUGAGCCUCCCCCAGAGUUGCCCGUACCCGAGAUUCAACCGAAAGGACACACCCAUUCACAUUCGCAUUCACACAAUGCAGGACAUGGGCAUUCACAUGGCGGAAAUGAUCACUCACAUGAAGGACAUGGACAUAGG